UCACUUUUCCUCGAAUGGAAGCUGCGCCACGCCCGCGGCAGCAGCAACAGCACCAUCGGCGGGGCCGGCAUCCCUAAAUGCGACGCCCUCUCGCCGCCGCCGCCGCCCUCCGCCUCCGCCUCCUCUCAUCCUCGUCUCGCCCCCUCGUCCCCUCGCCCUUUCCACUCCACCACCUCCUCCGCCGCGACGACGACCGCGAGGACCGACACCCAGCGCCCCCGCCUCCCCCAUUCUCGCCCGGCCCGCUCCUCGGCUCCGCCUCCGGUGCCCCCGGCCUCCUGGGCCUCCGCGGGUGGCGGACGCUACCUCCGGCAGCGUCACCGCCCCGAGGCACCGUCGCGGACGCGCCCCCUGUCCUGCUCACCAUCUCCCGAAGUUAUUCUUUGCGUGUCGCCAAGACCAAGAAGCAGGCACACUUCGACGAUGAGCACAGCCAUCGAGCGGUUAACACGGCACUUUGGUGUAAUUUCCUUGUCUUCACGCUGAAGUUUGGUGUGUGGUUUUCAACAUCUAGUCAUGUUAUGCUAGCUGAGCUAGUACAUUCAGUGGCAGACUUUGCUAACCAGGCUCUUCUUGCAUAUGGUCUGAGAAGUUCAAGACGUGCUCCAGAUGCUCUACACCCGUAUGGUUAUUCAAAAGAAAGAUUUGUAUGGUCUUUGAUAUCCGCGGUUGGAAUAUUUUGCUUGGGUUCAGGUGCUACUAUUGUGAAUGGAGUUCAGAACUUGUGGAGUUCUCAACCUCCCGAGAACAUUCACUAUGCUGCAUUAGUGAUUGGUGGGUCGAUCCUAAUUGAAGGUGCUUCACUUCUUGUUGCUAUAAAGGCUGUUAAGAAAGGUGCAGCAGCAGAGGGAAUGAGUAUCAGAGACUACAUCUGGCGUGGUCAUGAUCCAACUUCAGUUGCUGUUAUGACUGAAGAUGGUGCUGCUGUUACAGGUCUUGCUAUUGCAGCAGCUUCUUUGGUGGCUGUUCAAAUGACAGGAAACCCUAUCUAUGAUCCAAUUGGUUCCAUCAUUGUUGGUAACUUACUUGGAAUGGUUGCGAUUUUUCUCAUCCAGAGGAACAGGCAUGCUUUAAUUGGUAGGGCCAUUGAUGAUCAUGACAUGCAGCAAGUUCUUGAAUUUCUGAAGUCUGAUCCGGUUGUAGAUUCUCUUUAUGAUUGCAAAAGUGAGGUGAUUGGACCAGGGUUCUUUAGAUUCAAAGCAGAAAUUGAUUUCAAUGGAGUAGUCUUGGUGCAAAAUUAUCUUGAAAGGACUGGACGUGGAGUAUGGGCAAAACAGUUCCGGGAGGCCUCGUUGAGUAAGGAUGAUGCAGAGCUACGAAGGGUCAUGGCCGAGUAUGGUGAAGGUGUAGUGGAUGCUCUGGGAUAUGAAGUGGAUCGGCUGGAGUCAGAGAUACAGAAGAUUGUGCCUGGAAUCAGACAUGUUGACAUCGAGGCGCACAACCCAGACGGGCUUUCAGUUUAGAGCAGCAAUUUUUGUACAUUUUUUAUGCAUAUAUUCGGUUGAUUGAUCACUCUUGCUGAUCAACGCCAAUCUGAUUUGUUCUGCGACCUCUGGAUACUUUUUACCCCUCAGUACUUCAGGCCGUUGUCUCCCAUGUAAGAACGAGAUGCUUACAGUAAUGACCUACAGAAAGUCAGUGGGCACAUGAUCUUGGUGCUCACGUGUUGAA